AUAUCAUAUAUAGAUAUAGAUAUAGAUAUAGAUAUAGAAGCUAAUCAUAUAUAUAGAAUUACUAGCUAACAUUGACUUUUAAAAGAUAUGGACAGUGGUUGUGUGUAUGAACAGCAGAGAGUUAUAAAUGAACUGACUCAAGGGAUACAGAUGGCUAAAGACCUAAGGGCUAAUCUCAAUUCAGCUGAAGCAAGGAAGUUCUUUAUACAAAAGAUCUUGUCUUCAUACCACAACGCUCUUUCGGCUCUCAAAUCAGGUGACAGCAGUACCGCCUGGGCUACCACAUUAUUACCAGCUCAAAGUCUGCCAGACUCAUCGAUAUCCAACACCAGCACAGAAUCUGAAUUUGAUCAAUCCUUUUUUGAUCAUCAAGGACAAAAUGUCGUCUCCAGAAAGAGAAACCUGGGGUUGACAGGAUGGGAAGAUCAAGUUAGAAUGUACACAGACAAUGUACUUGAAAUGGCACACGACGGGAAACGAGCAUGUAACCAAGGAGCUGGUCGUGGUUGGGCUGCAUCACCACCACAACCGACUUCACCUGAAAAUUUUGAGAUAAAGCCAACCCACAACAACCAUGAUCACGAAUUUUCACUGCCAGCUCCCAGUGAAGCCCUCUCAAAUCUAAGAGCCAAUCUCAGUGUUGAUAUAACCUCGGACUUUAGUACUAUCAUUGAUGUUCCAUCUAUGUUUUCCAUCCCGCCUUCAACUCCGUCAGUUGGAUUCUCUGAAGAAGGUUUCCAACAACUUCAUUUCCCAAAUUAUAUUGACGAUGAGUUGUUGCAAGUCUGUUCACCAUUUAUCUCCCCAAAUACCUCAGCUGAAUCAAACUACUUCUCAGAGUGGGGAAGCUCGCAAUCAUUGGAUUUCUCAUCAUCAGGCGCUGAUCAUCAUCCAGCGCCACAUGUAGACGACCCUGCUGAUUUCCUAUUCGGUAGUAGCUCCUUCUUUUUAGACAGCAACAAUGAUGAUCCCAAAUUUUGUCGCCAACUAAGUCUCGUGGAUUGGGACCCUACCUUUCUAGGUUGAAUCAUCAGAUCGAUUACUACACCGCGCUCAGCAUUGUGAAAUUAUAGACAUUUUUAGCAGGGACGUACGUUUGAUCGACCUAAAGUACCUGAUAAUUAAUCAAGUGAUCGAUCAUGUCCUAUCCAAUAGUCAUCAUUAAUGUCGUCAAUCCUUUUUGACGCAGUUAUAAUCCAAGAUGAUAAGUAUGCAAUAUAUGUUAAUUACUAGUAGUGAGGACGUAAGUAGAACCGGCCAAUACAUAUUUUAAAGCUCAAGACCAGUGAUCAUCAGAAGACAUUUUUGUAAAAAAGGAUGAUAUAUAUAUAUGUAGUGUACAUAAUGGUGUGUUAAAUCAUAAAUGCUUUAGUAAUGUAUUGUAUAAAGCUGGCGAUCAUAUAGUACUUUAGAUGUACGUUGCAAUGUAGUAUGACAUAUAUAUAUAUAUGUUUGAUAUAUCCAUAUUGGAAUGUCAAUUAAUCUCAUAA